CUCUUUGCCAACAAAAAGUGAGCAGCCAGGAUAUCUUUUAAUGCAGUUUUUAAUGCAUUUAAUAUCUACAGCACAGGCCAGAUGGUGAAUUGUGAAUUCUUCUAACUAAUCCCUUUGGGUAAAUCUGCAUAGCCACCAUGUUCCGGGAUUUGACAAGAAACAACAACCCUGGGUGGUUAAGAGAGAACAGUUUGAUUCCCUGGUAGUAUCACUGCACAUAUCAUGCUAAUCAACUGGAACUAGGAUUUAUCUGUCGUUAAUCUGUAACUGAGAAUCAGUGGUUUAAACAGGAACAACACUAUUGAGGUAUAAUUUCUCUUUUACUUCUGGUUUUAAAUUCUACAUGGGUGUGGUCUUGUUUCAUACCUCUGACAGCAUGUACAACUAUUAAAUUAAUACAAGAUGGGCAUAAUUUUCCCUUUGUCUUUGUUUUGCACCCGUAUUUCUUGGGAUGUAUCGGUGGACCUGGCUGUCAUCUGGGAUCAUGUUCAUCUUCUGCUGAGUUUGGCUUCCUCUCUCGCCCUCAUUCUUCUCUCGGUCUAUGCCUGUCCCCCUGAGUUUGGUGCGGUAAUGACAGCAGUGUAUAGAGCAGGAGGAGGUUGAUCAGCUGGAAUACAGCACAGGACGGUGAAAGGAAAGGACCGAGUCUUGAGUCGUCAGCGGGGGGAGAGAUCACGUGUGACUGGGGACCAUGACGACAGAGGUGGGAUCUGAGACGGAAGUGAGGAAAGAGCCGGAGAAGGCAGAGGAGCAGCCUGCAGCACCUGAAUCAGAACCAGCAGCCACCAACCAGACAGACGAGGCCAAGGCCGCAGAGCAGUCAGCCAACGACCACCCCGCUCCGGCCACCGAGUCAGCCGAGGCCCCCGCAGAGGCCAAGGAGAAGCAGGAGGAGGCCCAGCCAGCUGACAACGCCACACCACAGGAGGGCGAGGACACCCCAGCCUCACCACCAGCCUCUGAGAAGAAAGGGAUCUCCAGGUUCCUCCCUCCAUGGCUUAAGAAGCAGAAGUCUCAGAGCCAGGUGGGACCCAAAGAGAGCCAGGCUGCACCCAAGGAGGAGGCAGGCGUUGCCUCCGUGAAGGAGGAGGACGGUGAGAAGGGGGAGCAGGCCGAGGCAGAGCAGACGUCAUCGCCCACAGCAGCCCAACCACAGGUGGAAGAAGAGAAAAUUAACGGAGAGCCGAAACCAGAACAGAAAGAGGAAGUGAAAUCGGAGGAAAAAGAGGAGGAGAAUCAUUCCACUGGCAGUGCAGACACUCAGCCUGCUAAGGAGGAGAAAGCAGCUGAGGAAUCUCAGGAGAAGAGCGCAGCAGAAGAGGAGAACAAGGAGGCAGAGGAAGGAGGAGAGGAGAAGAAAGACGAGGAAGAGAGCCCGAAGCCUGAGGGUGGACAUUCUUUUAUCAAGUCACCACUGAAACUGACCAAGAAGGUGAAGAUGGUGAUGUGUCACGUGACCAUGCUUGAUGGAAGCCAGUUCCCCUGUGAGGUGGAGAAACGGGCGAAAGGCCAGUACCUGUUCUUUAAAGUGUAUGAAGCCCUGAACCUACUGGAGAAGGACUACUUUGGGUUGAGUUACAAAGACAACGCUGACCAGACGUGCUGGUUGGACCCUACAAAGGAGAUCAAACGUCAGAUCCGCAAUGCCACCUGGCAGUUUGCGUUCAAUGUCAAGUUCUACCCCCCUGAUCCAUCCCAGCUGACCGAGGAUAUUACCAGAUAUCUCCUGUGCCUUCAGCUCCGACAGGACAUAGUGUCGGGGCGUCUGCCCUGCUCCUUCGUCACCCACUCCCUGCUGGGUUCCUACGCCCUGCAGGCCGAGCUGGGAGACCAUGACUCCGGCGAGCACCGCCUCGACUACAUCAGCGACUUCCAGUUCGCCCCCUCACAGACCAAGGAGAUGGAGGAGAAGGUGGUGGAGCUCCACAAAACUCACAGAGGGAUGACUCCUGCUCAAGCAGAUGCCCAGUUCUUAGAAAACGCUAAGAAGUUGUCGAUGUACGGUGUGGAUCUCCACCACGCCAAGGACUCUGAGGGAGUCGACAUCAUGUUGGGAGUGUGUGCCAACGGCUUGCUGAUCUACAAAGACCGACUCCGGAUAAACCGCUUUGCCUGGCCCAAAAUCCUCAAGAUUUCCUACAAACGCAGCAACUUCUAUAUCAAAAUCAGGCCGGGAGAGACAGAGCAGUUUGAGAGCUCUGUGGGCUUCAAGCUGCCCAACCACCGCGCUGCCAAGAGGGUCUGGAAGGUCUGUGUGGAGAAUCACACCUUCUUCAGGUUGAUGACUCCAGAAGCACCCAUUAAAGCCAAGUUUCUCACGCUGGGCUCCAAGUUCCGAUACAGUGGGCGGACCCAGGCCCAGACACGACAGGCCAGCACCCUCAUCGACAGGCCGGCACCCUACUUCGAGCGCACCUCCAGCAAGCGUAUCUCACGAAGCCUGGAUGGAGCUCCAAUGAUUAACGUGACCGAGGCCCAGGAGUCACCCCCCACCUCUGGGGAGAACGGCAGGGAGCCUGGCCUGGAACUCUCCUCUGACUCCAAGGUAGAGGAGGAGCCUAGCGAAGGGGCGGCGGCCACACCUACUGAGGGCACUGAGAUGAAAGGAGAUGAGCCAGACUCCUCCCAACAGAGCGGAAGGUUGAGAGUGCAGGGGGAAAAUAUAUAUGUCAGGCAUAGCAAUUUAAUGUUGGAGGACCUGGAUAAGACUCAGGAGGAUGUUUUGAAACAUCAGGCUAGCAUUAGCGAGUUAAAGCGCAGUUUUAUGGAGGCCACCCCUGAGCCGCGUCCCAGUCAGUGGGAAAAGCGCCUCACAGCCAGCCCGGCUACCAGCCUGCGUCUGCAGGCCCAAGGGAGAUGCUCCCCAUCCAGAACCCAGGAGCCUCCCCCUGACCUCACGGUGGACACGGUCGCCAAGAGCGCAGAUGAUAAACAGAAAUCCGGCGAGGCGGCAUGGCAGGCAGCAGAGGUUGAGAUAGAAGAGACGGUAGUCGUCGAGGAGAUCAGGGUGGCCCCCAAAGGUUCCGUCACCGUAACCACUCCUGCGGUGAUCACCCCCGUCGCCGUGGAGUCUGAGGUCGAGAAGCCCAAGGACGAAGUUAUGGAAGAGCAGAAGAGGCCUGUGAGCGUGUCCUCGGACAGUGAGGAAGAAGAGGAGGAGGAGGAGGCAGGGGAGUACCAUCCGCAAGUCACCGUCAGCGCCUCAGUUGACCAGAUCAAAGAAGAGCCCGAGGAAGAAGGGGAGGAGGAGGAGGAACAGCAAGUCAAUGAAGAGCCAGUUGCAGAACCACUCCCAGAGCCAGUGGUCGAGGUAAAGGCCCAGCCUGUCCCUGCAGUAGUGGAAGAAAACUCCGCGACAGAACCACAACUAGCCCCUGUGGCGGAGGAGAGCCCCGAGGACAUCCUGGUUACCCCUGACGAGGCCCCUAAUGGGCACGCCGAGUCCCCCGAGGACCAUCAAGGCCCCGUGGCCCUGGAAGAGGAGGAGGAGGAGCCCAGAGUCAACGGGGACGCGUCUCACUCCGAGACAGAGCGCCUCCCCCAGGUUAUUUGUUGCUCUGAGCCACCUGUGGUGAAGACCGAGAUGGUGACCAUCUCAGACACGUUUGCGGCCCAGAAGACCGAAAUUGCCACUAAGGAGGUUCCCAUCGUGCACACCGAGACAAAGACCAUCACGUACGAGGCUGCACAGCUGGACGGCAGUGGAGACGGAGAACCAGGCGUUCUCAUGACGGCCCAAACCAUUACCUCAGAGUCACUGUGCACCACCACCACCACACACAUCACCAAGACAUUAAAAGGCGGCCUCUCAGAAACCAGGAUCGAGAAGCGCAUUGUCAUCACCGGAGACUCGGACAUCGACCACGAUCAGGCCUUGGCCCAGGCUAUAAAGGAAGCCAAAGAGCAGCACCCUGACAUGUCAGUGACUCGGGUGGUGGUCCACAAAGAGACAGAGCUGGCAGAGGAGGGCGAGGACUGAGGCGCCAGAGCUGAGAGCCUGUGAAGUUCAUACUUGGAUGUUUGAGAACCUCCUGUCAUCUCCCAGACCGAGAGUCAACCUGGUGGGAAGACUGUCGGACAACCCCGAGGCUGAGCUCCUGUGUUUCAUUGCACACGUUCCUUCUUUUUUUUUUAUCACUCAGAAGAAAACCACUUAGCUAACAUUUGUAGCGUGUUUAAAUUGUUUUGUGCUUUUUGCAAAAAUAAGAAAAAAAUUCUGCCAUUAUUAGAACCAAAAAGUGGUCAUUUUUAUUGUUGAGUAGUAUUCACAUUCCUAGUAUGUACAGACGGGUAAUGUUAUGAGAAAGUCAUUUCAAUAUCUAUCUUCCUGUAUUCAUGCAGUUGCAGGUGGACAGGUAUUAUAUUAUAUUAGCUUUGGUCCUGGUCUUCUUCCAUGUUCUCUUAGAGUCAAAUUUUUAUCUGUUUCUGGGGAAAAGGAGGAACAGCUAAUUGUAUUUAAUUGGGUGAGUUUCCAAGGGACUAGCAAAGGACGACGCGCUGUGUCAUUUUGUACAUUGCACUACAGUGCCAACACAUGUUCUUCUCUAUGCAGUCAUAACAAAAACAUUCCUUUAAAGGGCAGGUGCUUUUCCUGUACCUCCCUCAGAAAAAAACACAACAAAAUUUACAUUUAAAACAUGAAACACUUAGGCAGCUUGGAAACUUUUGCUUUUCCAUAACUUUCUGGCAUCAUUAAUCUGAAAUAUAUUUGUAGAAACAUAUAUAUUUUUUUGCUAUCUUUCUUUGUCAAUCAGUAAACUGAUUUAGAUGAUGUGUUUUUUUGCCCCUUCUUAAAUAUUUUUAAUAUAUUUCAGAGGUUUUUUGACAACUAAAAGAAAUACACAAAAUUGCCACUGUUUUUAUCUUUUACCUGUAGGUAAAGAAGAUGGCUGGCCUUAGCUCUCUCUGCAAUCUGAUAAACCUCACCAAUUUGCUAUUUGGGCCCAGUGUAUAGCAAAUAAUCUUAGAUUUUUAGCAGCUUUAAAAUGUUGUCUCCCCACAGCCACCCCACCCUCUGUGUAACACUGUUGAAAUAAAAUGUUGUUAUUCUCUGA